AGCAGAACAACACAGCACGAGGGAGCAGAACAAUGUUUGCGGCGGCGAGCGCGUUCUUCUCCAGGAGCGCAAUAUCCCAAUCAUACUCUUUCUCCUCUGGCUCUGCUUCCUCCUCGCUUAAUGGAAGUCGCUCCUCUACACCCACUCCGGGCUCUACGGCACCCACCCCUGCUGUCAGAGUUGGUCCUUGGAGAGUUCAGGCUGCAACACACAAGGUCACCAAUAAACGCGUCAGUGUUUGGAGCUUUAACAAAAGCACAGAGCUCGAGGGCCUCACCGGCGCUGCACGCGACAAGGUUCUCGAGGUGCUCAAGCUAGAGUCGUCGGCACUCAGCAAAUUUAGGCACCCAUGUAUUCUCGAGAUGGUCGAACCUCUUGAGGAUACUCGGACAGAACUCAUCUUCGCAACAGAACCAAUACUUGCUCCCCUCGAACUCGCCAUCACCUCUUCGUCCUCUCAUCGCUCCCGCUCUACCUACUCUACAUCAUCACUAGACUUGGACGAAGUUGAGAUCCAGAAGGGCAUUAUACAACUAUGCAGUGGUCUUUCGUUCCUCCACACGUCUGCGCGUCUGAUACACUCCAACAUCCGCCCCGACACUGUGAUCAUCAACGAUGCCGGUGACUGGAAGAUCUCUGGUCUGGGUCUUACUAUACCCCUGACCUCCCCAGAGGGCAGACCAACGCGAUGGGAGUUCCCAACGUUUGACGGACGUAUGCCAGCAUAUGUGCAGCGAUCAUUCGACUAUAUGGCUCCCGAAUACGCGCUCGACGAGCAGCACACCGUGCUCUCGGACAUGUACUCGCUUGGCUGCCUGAUGUAUGCCGUUCACGCUCGCGGCAGCCCACCUCUAAAGACGCACAACUCUCUGAGCUCAUUGCGAGAUAAUGCCAACGACUCAAGGCUUGUGGCAGACGUCGAAAGAUUUGACCCGGACCUACAGAACCUUCUCCGUGUGCUUCUUACACGCCAGCCGACAUCGCGUCCUUCGCCCGCUGACCUGCCUUCGUACGGCUUCUUCUCGUCGCUGCCUAUCUCGACGCUUAGCUUCUUGGACCGCUCGACGUUCGCGACGAAGACACGCGAGGAGAAGAUCACGUUCAUGCGUGGGCUUACCAGUGUACUCGAGCGUUUCUCCAAGGGUCUGCGUGUGCGCAAGAUCCUGCCAAGUUUGCUUGAGGAAAUGAAAGAUACCCAGCUGCUCCCAUAUCUUCUUCCAAACAUCUUCGCGAUUGCGAACAUCAUCUCGGCAAACCAGUUCGCAUCGCUAGUGCUCCCGAAGCUGAAACCACUGUUUGCGCUGAAGGAUCCACCGCAGUGUAUGCUCACACUGCUCGAUAAUCUCACCAUGCUACAAGAGAAGACGGAAAAGAAAAUAUUCCAGUCAGAGGUCCUGCCGCUGGUGUAUCACGCCCUUGAGAGCGAGCACUCUAUUGUUCAAGAGCGGGCGCUGAAGACGGUGCCCGAUCUAUGCGAGACCAUUGACUACGCUGAGGUGUCGAGCGUGCUGUUCCCGCGCGUCGCUCUUGUCUUUACUCGGACGAAAAUCUUGAGUGUCAAAGUGGCGACAUUGGUCACCUUCCAUAGUAUGGUGAAGACGCUUGACCAGACAAGCUUGACGCAGAAGCUUGUGCCUCUCCUGAGCAAGAUUCGGACGAAGGAGCCUGCCGUCACGAUGGCGACACUGGCUGUUCAGGAAGCCAUGGGCUUCAAGGUCGACAGAGAGGCUGUCGCUACCCUCGUGCUCCCUCAGCUCUGGGCAAUGUCGAUAGGACCAUUGCUUACGGUGGAGCAGUUCACCCGCUUCAUGGGGGUUAUCAAGAAACUCGGCGACCGUGUCGAACGGGAGCACGGACAAUUCCUUCGUGACGCUCAUCGUGUCGACUCUUCCUCUGCUCCCACAAUCGCGGUCAAUGGCUCGGCUGCGACAAGCGGCCCGAUGGACUUUGAGAGUUUAGUAGGAGCCGCCAACGGAACUGUCAAGCAGGACAGUGCGAUUGAAAGCAAGGGCUGGGAUGACGAUGAUAUGUGGGGGAGCAUACUCAAUGCUCCUGCACCAUCUGCUGAGACGGCAACCUCAAGCCCAGCAAUAUCGCCUUCGCAGCCUAUGCAGCCACAACCAUCCAUACAGUCUUCGUUCCAAGCGAGUACCAGCUCGCAAUCUCUUCCAGCCUCCCCACGCAUGACUAUCAGCACCGCUCCCGCCCGGCCGUCCAAACUCGGGGCGAAGCCCGUCUCAUCUUCCUCUUUCCAUAGCGCAUUCAACAACUUAUCACAACCCAACUCCAGCUCGCUACCACCUCCCCUCUCGCCACCCUCAAGCUCCGGCGGCUUCGGGUUGUCCCCGCCGCCCUCGGCACCCGCUCAGAAGCCGCAGCAGCCACAACGACCAAACUACAACAUUUCCUUGUCUACUUCACCAAUGACCGCGACGUCACAGGCGGCGCAGCAGCCGCAGCAACCGCCAAAGCCCAACUACAACAUCUCGUUCUCUCCCAUGAUGGGUCUCUCAUCACCGAGCCCUCCACCGCUACCCUCCAUGUCUGGACCGCCGCUAUCAUUCUCGGCGCCUCCACUGCAAGCGUCGACACCGUCGACCCCUGCGGGUGGCAUGGGCGGCAUGGGGAUGGCCAAUAUGGGCAGUAUGAUGGCGCCGAUGCAGCCAUCACGACUUAGCACGCCGAGCAAGCCUCCAUCGUCGAAUGAUUAGGGCGAUUUCGAUCCAUUGAAGUAGACGUGGUCGGAUCAUAUGUCAUACUAUGCUUCACGGGUGAUGCGCUGUUAUUUC